GACUUAGCACAGUGUGUGAACGAGGUCAAACGGGACAACGAGACCCUGAAACAGCUGACGAGUGUCCAGCUCUGCCUCCACAACAUGCCACAAUCCCUGGCGCAGUUUGGGCGCCCCAAAAUUGACGGGGAGCUGAAGGUCUCCAGCACCGAGCGGCGCUCCAAGGUGGACAGGUAUGGCUUCCUCCUGGACAAGGCCCUGAUCAUCUGCAAGCGCCGUGGAGACUCCUAUGAGACCAAAGACGUUGUGGACCUGCAGAGCCACCAACUGCGGGAUGGUGGCCUUGGCCCUCGUGAUGGCAAGAAGUGGACCCACACCUUUCUGCUCAUCGAUAUGGCUGGGCUGCAGGGCUAUGAGCUCUUCUUCAAGACCCGUGAGCUGAAGAAGAAGUGGCUGGAGCAGUUCGAGAUGGCCCUCUCCAACAUCUUCCCUGAGCACGCGCUGGCUGAUGGGCAUGACUUCCAGAUGUUCUCCUUUGAGGAUACCACAUCCUGCAGGGCCUGCCAGAUGUUGCUGAGAGGCACGUUCUACCAGGGGUACCGCUGCAGCCGAUGCCGGGCCCCCGCACACAAAGAGUGUCUGGGGCGACUGGGAACCUGCGGCAAGGGCGGCGCCGGUGAGAAGCAUCAUGGGAUAGUGGGGGAGUGGGGCACGAUGGGAUGGGGAGUGGGAUAUAACAUCAAUGACAUGGAGCAGGGCAUUGUGGGAUACAAGAUGGCCAACAUGGAAUGGGGCAUUGUGGGAUAUGACAUGGCCAACACAGAGAAGGGUAAUGUGGGAUACGAGAUGGUUGACAUGGAAAAGGCCAUUGUGGGAAACAAGAUGGCCGACACAGAGAAGGGCAUCAUGGGAUACAAGAUGGCUGACAGGGAGCAAGGCAUUGUGGGAUACCCUAAUGAGGGCUCUAACAAGUCGCAGCGGCCGGGCCCUGAGAAGAAGCGUGGAGAUCUGGGGUUGCCCAAGAUGGAGGCAAACCAGCCCUACAGUGGUGUCCCACCACCACCAGGGGCCCUGGGUCCUACCCUACGCCUCAGCCCCGGGGACGUCGUGGAGGUCACUGUGGCCGAGGCUGAGCAGCUCUGGUGGCAGGGCAAGAACGUGGCCAAUGGUGACCUGGGCUGGUUUCCCUGCGCUGUCGUGAGACCCUUCAUCUGUGUGCCACUGCCGGAUCUCUCCGUCUACCCCUGGUACGCUGGUCCCAUGGAACGAAGGGAAGCUGAGCAGAUCCUGAUGCCCCGCUCUGACGGUGCCUUCCUGGUGCGGCAACGGGUGAAGGACGCCGGCGAAUUUGCCAUCAGCAUCAAGUACCGCGGGGAGGUGAAGCACAUCAAGGUGAUGACAGCAGAAGGUCUCUACCGCAUCACCGAGAAGAAGGCGUUCAAGGGGCUGGUGGAGCUGGUGGAGUUCUACCAGCACAGCUCGCUCAAGGAUUGUUUCAAAGCCCUUGACACGACACUUGUGGUGUCCUUCAAGGAACCCGAGAGCCGGGCUGGUCCCCGGCCACCUGGAGCCGUGCGCAGCUUUGGUUCGGCCAAAGCCCGCUAUGACUUCUGCGCCCGGGACCGGACGGAGCUGACGCUGCGGGAAGGUGACAUCAUCCGUGUCCUCAGCAAGAAGGGCCACCCAGGCUGGUGGAAAGGAGAGAUCUAUGGGCGGGUUGGAUGGUUUCCUGCAAACUACGUGGAGGAAGAUUACUCAGAGUAUUGCUGA